AUUUUUUAUGAUAUAAUUCAUAGCAUGUAGUUGCAUGGCUUCAUGCAUAUACAUCAAUUUAAUACAAAAGAACAUGUUUACGUUUUCACUACUGCUCUUGAACUAUAAACCUCAAACGUCAUAUCUACAAUGGUUUAAACUUUUUUAUUCAACUUUUUUUUAUUUUAAAAAUCUCUCAUAAACCUUGCAUUAGAGAUGCUCUUAACUAUUGGAGAUGCCCUAAAGAAAUUCUAUUUAUUGGGAAGGUGAAGAAAGGCACGAUAUGCGGACUCGGGUGAUUGAGUUCUAUGAGGAACCUCAAAAUUCGGAUUGGUGGAUAUAAAUACAUUAAAAAAAGCUUUGAAAAGUUUAUUAAUACUAAUUUGAAAUUAUUCAGAAUAAAUUGAUUGAUGACUUGAAAAAAAAUAUAUUACAUGAUUUGAUAUCAUAGAAGUCAGGCACUAGAAAUAAAAAAAAAAUCCUGAAAUUUACCUGCGCGAUUCAGUGAAAUGCCGUUGUUUCUAUUAUCAUAUAUAUUAUUCUUACCUGUAUAAAAUUUUAAAAUUUCGGAUGUCAUCAAGCGUCUCCUAAAUCCAAAAACACCUCGAUUUUGUGCCAAGUUGAGAUUGUGAACGAAGUGCGGAGCCAUCGUCACGCUUCACCAUCCAAAUCUUAAACCGUUUUGUUUCGUUUAUUAUUUUGCCGUUAUUGGAUGACUAAAAUUAGGAUGCAACAACUGGAUACGGCGACGACGCCGCAAAUUUCCUCCUUGCGCAUUGCCCUCACCGGAGAGAGACCGGGAGGCUGUCCGUACGUCGAAGCGGCAACGUCGUCGUCUUCGUCGCGGAUGUAGUCGGCUAAGGGCGUGCGUUAGCAAAGAGCUAGGCAGCGAGAGAUCGAUGACGAAUCCCCUCGUUUUCCGGUUUGGCUUCGCUCUUGCAAUAUCCAUCGCUGGAUUCGCCGUCGUCUACCGCCGGUCUCGAACCCGACGACUCCCAUCUCGCCCUCGUUCCUUUUCCGGUGCCGAGUCUCCAUCAGUUUGUAAGUCUGCCGUAAUUGGUCUCAAAGAACUCCGACUUCUAAAUGGAGUCACAACAGCUUUUACAAAGGUCGUCACCAGCACAUCCACAAUCACCACCUCGAUCACAACCACUAGGACGACCACCUCGAGCUUCCUUUUCUUUGAGUUCGAUCGAAAGAAAUCGGAGAAUCAAGAAGACGGGGCAAUGCAGGAAGAGAUAACAAAACUGAGGAACCAGGUUUGGUCCCUCCAAGAGAAUGAGAGGGGCCUGGAACUCCAAUUGCUGGAGUACUACGGGAUGCAAGAGCAGGAGGCUGCUGUCAGGGAGCUCGAGAACCAAAUCAAGAUCAAUUCGGUCCAGGCCAAAUUAAACUCUUUAAAGAUUGAAUCUUUGCUCACCGACAACCAGAAACUCCGAGCUCAGUUGAUUGAUUACUCGAGAGCCGUGAAUGAACUUGAGGCUGCAAAAGGAGCAAUCAAACUCCUCGACAGAGAGGAGAAAGCGACAUCCCUGAAACGGAGAAUUGAAACAAAAGAUGAUGAAGAGAUAGCGAGAAGGGUGAACAGAAUGGAGGAGUUGGAGUUCGAAAUUGCAAAACUCAACUGUAUGAAUUCAAGAUUAUCCGAAGAGAACUUGGAUUUGACAAGAAAGUUGGAGUUGGUGCAAGCUUCUGCAUCCGGAGAACAAAAGGGCAUCGCAGUAGAGGAAGCCAACAAAACGAGGGAAUGUAAUGAGAAUUUGAUAAACGAAAUCGAACAGAUGAAAACUGAUCGAUGCGCCGAUGUUGAACAACUUGUUUAUCUGAAAUGGGUCAAUGCUUGCCUUAGGUACGAGCUUAGAAACUAUCAGCCGCCACAUGGAAGGAUGGGUGCGAAAGAUCUCAGCAAGAACUUGAGUCCCAGGUCAGAGAAGAUGGCAAAGCAACUCAUACUAGAGUAUGGAAACGGUGAUGCAGAUGAGAAGAGCUUAAGCUGCAUCGAGUUUGAUUCCGAGGAUUCUUACUCUUCCCCGGCAUCCACUGCGGAUCUCGAAGAGUCUUCCUCCUCCUCUAGACAUGGCAACUCUAAAAGAAAGAAAUUUCUUAGCAAGCUAAAGAGGCUCGUGCUGAGUAAACACAACAACAAUUACCACAAAGUUGUAAAUGCUGAUAGAGCUCCAAUAAGCCCCAGCAGUUCUGGAAGAAGGGUGUCGUUCUCCGUAAGUUCGAUCGAUGACAUGAUCGGAAGAGAUUCAUGUUGUAGCCUAUCACCAAGCAUGACAGAGGAACACUCUCCAGCCAAUCAAUCUGUGGACAGCCAAACAUAUAAUGAGAAGGAUGAAAGUUUUAAAGGCGAAGCAGGGACACCCAGUAGAUUUCAGAGAAUGGCUCCAGGCGAUGAUGCUGCAACGGAUCAACGCAAUACUCCAGAAAAGGCUGAGAUAAAGAAGUUGGCAACUGCUCUGAGUGAAUCAAGAGAUGAUUUCAAAUUUAACAGGACUUCUCAUUGGAAUUGA